ACCAAACAUAGAAUGAGUCAAUGAAUUGAGUGAGGUGGAUGCCUGGAUUUUGACUUUAUUACACAUUUUCCUGGGAGAUGUAAUAAUGGUGGUACACGUGAAAGGCACUCCGGCCGCCGCUUUUCAUCGUUAGUUUUAGCUUUUAACACCCCAAUAAUGGCGAUCUGAAUUAGCUCACCUCAUAACUAUUACCAAAGAUUCAACCAUCUUUACUACUUGCGCUUUAUCCCUUGUAGGAUUGAUUUUUCUUCCUUGUUUUACUAAGUUUGACAAUCCAAAUCUGUGCUCGACCCUCAGACUCAGAGCUGGAGAAAAUCUUUGUUACCUUUGGAGGAAUGCGAUAAUGUUGGUGUCUUUGCGAGCUGCUUGAAGUGAAAUUCUUCGAAAUCCCUAAUUUCAAGCGGAUCUGGAGCGUCUUAUUGGAGGGGCAUUUUGAAGCCCCAAGCACGAGGGCACUAUGGCAUAAAGAUGGCGUUUUGAGUUAGUUUACUUUUAGCUCUCGAUUAGCUUUGGUAGUUAGGUCCCCGCAUUAUUUGCGUUUUCCAUCCUCUGGGGUUGGGGAUGGGAGAGGAUUGAUCCCACGUGUCCGUUUGUUGAAAUUCCGGUGAGAUGAUUGAGCAGUUCAUCAAUUUCGUCAUUCGCCCACCCAGGGCAGAGUAUAAUCCGGAUCAAUAUUUAUGGGAGAAAGAUUUUACUCUUGCCGGCAGGAAAUACAAAAGGCAAGAUUUGGAGCUCAAGAAUGAAAGAGGUCACACUUUACGGUGCAGCCAUUAUGUUCCGUCAUCUUUUCCAGAGGACUCACCUCUUCCUUGUGUUAUUUAUUGCCAUGGAAAUAGUGGAUGUAGAGCAGAUGCAAAUGAGGCUGCUGUUAUCCUUCUUUCAUCAUAUAUCACCGUCUUUACUCUUGAUUUUUCGGGUUCGGGUUUGUCUGAUGGUGAUUAUGUCAGUCUUGGUUGGCACGAGAAAAAUGACCUCAAGGUUGUCAUUUCAUACCUUCGAGACAAUCCUAAAAUAUCACGCAUUGGUCUUUGGGGGCGGUCAAUGGGUGCAGUGACCUGCCUUCUCUAUGGAGCAGAAGACCCUUCUAUUGCUGGAAUGGUACUGGACAGUGCUUUUUCCAACUUAUUUGAUCUAAUGAUGGAGCUUGUGGAUGUCUACAAGAUCCGGCUUCCAAAGUUUACAGUUAAGGUGGCUGUUCAGUACAUGCGGCGGAUAAUACAAAAAAGGGCAAAAUUUGAUAUUAUGAGUCUUAACUGUUUACAGCAGGUUGCACCAAAGACUUUUAUACCUGCUUUAUUUGGGCAUGCUAAAGAUGACAAAUUUAUUCCAUCCCAUCACUCUGAUCUUAUCUUUAAAUCAUAUGCGGGUGAUAAAAAUAUUAUCAAGUUUGAUGGUGACCACAAUUCUUCUCGGCCUCAGUUUUAUUAUGAUUCUGUAUCCAUUUUCUUUUAUAAUGUUCUACACCCUCCUAGGCUUCCACCUACAUCUGCUACUAAAAUUGAGAAGUAUUAUGAUUUGGGGGACCUGAAAGUCAGCACUGGAAUGGACGAGCCUGAUGGUAAGAUUUGGUAUACAUGUUCUCAGAAUCUGUUAAAUGAGAUAAUUGCUGGUCUUCGAAAUGUGAGCACUGAAACAGCCAGCUCUUCAUCUGUGCCUACUGGCAUUUCAGCCCCCCAAUCUGUCAGUGAUCUUCUGUCUGAUAUUGCCCCAAUAGCCAGUGCAAUUGAUCCAUUGGUAAUUGAAGAAGAUAUACUUGAUGGAGACGACCCACCCAGCAGACAGGACAAGGCUAGUAGUCAAAACGAGGAUUGUUGCUCCUACACAAGCUCAAAUAGAGAGAGUUGGGGAAGAUGCUCAUCUCUUGGAAGUGAUAAUGAGCAUUGCUCAGACAAUGCAUGUGUUAUUAACGACCAUCAGACGCCAUUGGAGAUCCUUGCGACACCUCUUCGGAAUAUCCAAGAAAGCAUAUUGGAGUCUUCAAGAGAUAAAAAGAAAAAGAAGAAAGCCGAAACGCCCGCAAAGAAAUCUAGACGGGAAAAAUUCGAGAAGCUGGAGGCACUUAGCCAGCGUUUGCGGCUUUGUAUUCUGAAGAGAGUUAGCCAUAGGAGACACCGCUCCUCUUGACCACCCACCUUAUGUAAUAUAGAUGUGAAAGGCUUAGAUCACAACACUAAUCACGGCAUCUGUAUUAUAAGGUAUAGGUUCUUCUCAUAACUGUAAACUGUGUAUGCCCACUCUUCGGUUAUUCUUUGUUAGUGUUAAUGCCAGCAUUCACCUCUUCAAUGUAAUUUGCUCUUCUUUAUUGUUACACUCUAAGGAAAUACAGCUCUUGUCUUAACAACAUUUCUUUUGGUUUUAGCAUUGUGUUGAAUGUUAAUGAAUAUUGUGAAUGGAAAGAAUGAUGUGAAAUGUGAA